UCACCGUCCCAAUAUCACCAUCGAUGAGCUUGGCAAGUGACACGGUUGGCAGCGAUCCAUAGUGGGCAGCGGUUUCUCAUUCGCAAGUCUAGCUCAAGUGACUUGAAUGCAGCACAGGGGAGGUCAGAAAAAAGAUCCUUGAAGAUCGUCCUCGAUUAGACUGACAGUUAGGGUCAAGUCUUGGUAAGCGGCAGCUCUGCAGUUAUCUCAGACGCAGAGAGCGACACUAGUAUCUUCUAUCAUGAUUUUCACCGCCCCGGUGACAGUAUUGAGAUCCCAAUUCAUCUCCAUGCGGUCUGUGUGGCGACAAGCGAUGCAACUGAGAUCAUUGAGAGCUUAUCGCCAAGCCCGGCGCAGACCGAGCAUAUAUCAGAUGAUCUGCCUGUCCGGGCUCGAAAACUUCUCCCAGUACGCUGCGGCGGGGCUGGUGGUAGGGGUUGUACUUGUUGGAUAUGUGGACGUUGCUGGAAAGCGCAUGAGACAACGGCGUCCAGACGAGGCUGAGAACGGCGAAUACCAGAACUUAGCUCCGGAGGAUGAUGAGGAAGAAUAGGGCGGCUUUGAGUGAAUGUUUGAGUCAAUUAACUUUGAGCACGUGGUG